AUGUUCUACAACAGAUACGUACCGCCGCCAAAAGCAGGUGCGCCCAAAAUCGAGCCACCUGCUCCCGCCUCGCCGUCUCCAGCUUCCGCCGCUCAACCUUCCGCCAUAAGUCAGCCUCGGAAGAUUGUCUUCGACGACCAUGACCAUGCGCCAAACACCACUGGCGCGACAAAAAACGUCAAGUCGACAGACACUGAGACUGGGCGAAAUGAGGACGAGCCGAGGAGGAAGAGGGCAAAGAUAGAGUCUCCAUCGCCCGAAGAAGUCCGGGGAAAAAAUAAGACUAGAAAAUCAAAAUUUGUCCCUGAUACGCCGAAUCCAGCAGGGCCGGGUCUGGACGACGUCGCAAAAAAGGAACCUCAGAGUGCAGUGGAGACAAAAGCUACUGCCACACCUCUCAAGUCUGCCUUAAAGACACCAAAAUCUAAGAACAGUCUUGAUCAAAGUAGAGAACUUUCUACCAAGGUUCACUCGACCAUCGAGCUCGGUUCAGCAACCCCAGACGAGAAGAAGAAAAAGAAGAGAAAGUCCAGGGGGGAUGUUGAGAUGAAGGAUGUCGAUGAUGAGAGUGCGCUGGAUCAGCCGCCUGAUGAAGAUACAGCGGCGGGCAGGCACAAGUCAAUUCUGAAAAAGAAGGACAUCUCUCUAAAGAAAGCCUCCAAAUUGCCCACAGAGGCCCAAGGAGAUGGCGAACCUAGCACUGACGACCUUCCGACCCAACCUCUAGCACAACUGCAACUAGACCAAGAAGCAGCCGAGGUUCAUGGCCUUGAGCCUCUUCCUCAGCCAGCUCCCGCAGUGGCGGACCAACUUGAAUUGACUUAUGACACGCUACCUUUGUGGCUGCAAAACCCUUUAUAUGUCUCUUCGGGGACCCAAGCCGAAUGGACGAGCCUGGGUCUGAGGCCAGAACUGGGCAUCUCCCCAGAGAUUGCCGAACAGUUAGCCUUGAAGGGAUAUCCGAGCGCUUUUGCUGUCCAGACGGCAGUGAUCCCUAGAUUGCUGCCAAGCCCGGUCAGGCAGGGCGACCUUGUAAUCUCCGCAGCUACAGGCUCAGGCAAAACGCUGGCUUAUGUUCUUCCCAUGAUACGAGACAUCAGUUUGGGUGCAGUGACAAAGCUCAGGGCUCUGAUUGUCGUCCCCACGCGUGAACUGGUGCAGCAGGUCCAUGAAAUCUGCAACAUCUGCGCCGCUGCCUAUGCACGCCAGCCCAACCGAAAGACUGUCAGGAUUGGCACUGCCGUCGGAAACCAGGCCUUCAAGAAGGAGCAGGAAAAACUUGUGGAUCAAGACCGACGGUAUGACCCGGAGGGCUAUGCGCGUCUAGUUGAAGCACGUCAAUGGGAGAACGUCAGGAAGCGGGAUGUUGAAGACGCAUCAUUUGAUAUGUUUGAGUUGGCAGAGACGCCUUUGCCGCUUGUCAACCAUGUCGAUCAUCUCGUCUCCAAAAUCGACAUACUCAUCUGCACCCCUGGAAGGCUGGUAGAACAUAUUGAACGCACCCCUGGCUUCAAUCUCGAUUAUGUGCGCUGGCUGGUAGUUGACGAGGCAGACAAGCUGCUGGAGCAGAGCUACCAGCAAUGGCUCGACGUCGUCAUGGAAAAAUUAUCAACAAAUAAGCCUGGCUGUCGAGACUUUAUGUUUCAAAACAAGUCCGGCGUCCGCAAGGUCAUUCUCAGUGCUACAAUGACGCGCAAUGUCAGUUUGCUCAACAAGUUGAGUCUGCGGCGGCCUGAGAUGAUUGUUCUCGAGAGUGUUACUGCUGCACCAACAUCAUCAGCCUCUGGAUCUACAACGGACAUCACAGGCGCCUCUGCAGAGGUAUCAUCGUACGAACUUGCACUACCUAACCAGCUUCUCGAGUUUGCGAUCAAGGUCCGGGACCCCGAACAGAAACCCAUGUAUUUGGUUGAUCUGUUGAGCAGCGAUCACGUUCGAUCAAGGUCAACCACUAAGGAAGUUGUCAUGAAUGAUAAUGGAUCCGACACAUCGUCCUCGGACGACUCCGAUACCUCAUCAUCUGCCACCUCCGACUCUGACUCUGACAGCGAUUCCGACUCUGAUGCUGAAUCUAAGAAAGGAACCGCAUCCAAGCCUCCUGCCCAGGAUUCCAUAAUGAAUAGCGUUUUGAUCUUCACAAAGUCAAACGAAUCAGCAUUGCGGUUAUCACGCCUCUUGGAGAUAAUGGCCCCCCGUCAAGUGGCGUCUCGCAUCGGCACGCUCACGUCGACUACGCGCACCUCGGAGAGAAAGAAGGUGAUAAAUCAGUACAAGUCUGGCAAGCUGCGCAUCCUUGUGGCUUCGGACCUCGUCGCUCGUGGUCUGGACCUUCCCAACCUCGACCACGUAGUCAAUUACGACAUGCCGCCUAGCGUGAGGUCAUACGUUCACCGCGUGGGCCGUACCGCUCGUGCUGGUAGGGCCGGUCGGGCGUGGACGUUCUUUACCAAGACGGAGGCCGGCUGGUUCUUUGCAGAGAUUGCCUCGUCCAAGGGCAAACCACGUGUCCCGGCUGGUGGCAGGGAUGAGGACCACGUCGCCAUUCACAGAUCAAACAAGGUGGAGACGGUCAAGGUCACUGCCAGGAGGACAGAGGAGGAUUUGAAGAAGGGCCCGCCGGGAGACUUUGGCGAGGCCAGGAUAGCUGAGUAUGAGCAGGCACUCGAGGCCCUUGGGAAAGAAGCUCGGGGACAGUAG